AUGGCAAUUUACACUGUCAUUUUAAAAGCAUUUCUCAGAUAUUUGCUAGGCAUUUUAUGGAAGGAGACACUGAGGGACUGCAGGCAGCAUCUGGACCUAAUGGGGACCUCCAACCACAGGCAGCAAAAAGGCCAGUCAUACAGCCACAAGGAAACGAAUUCUGCCAAAGCCAAAAGAGUUUGGAAACAGAUUCUUUCCCAGUCAAACUUCCAGAUGAGAAUGCAGUCCAGCCUGCAUCUCGAUUGCAGCCUGUGA